CCUUAAUUUUAGAUAUUUACACUAUACCUGUCCUAACAUGACAACACCUCACACACACCAGUGUCAAAUUACAGCUAUGAGCUACACACAAUUCUAUCACAUUCAUAGUGCUGGUCAAUCUGUUACACAGUGACGUCUGUUUCACUUCCUUUCUCUCUUAUUUCUGGACCUCUAUGUUUGUGUGCAGAACAAUAAACUUCAUGAUGCUGGGCUGGUAAGAGGAAAUACAUUGCCCCUGGCCAGGGAGAAGAAAUUCUUCUUUUUUUUCACCUGCUACAGAGCAGAGCAGCUCUGUACCAUUCAGUGUGUGGAAUCAGUAUGAAGUUAAUACCCAGUAGUUCUUUUAUUAGGUUACAAGUGUCAAUCUGACCGAAGCAAGCUACCUUCAUCUAUGGCCAUUCUGGAGAGAAACAACAAAAUCCUACUUGAUUUGGUGCAACAGCCAGGCAACAACUUGUGUGCUGACUGUGGAGCUCCUGAGCCUGACUGGGCCUCCUACACUCUUGGUGUCUUUGUGUGCCUGAACUGCUCGGGGUUGCAUCGUAAUUUACCUGCUGUCAGCAAAGUGAAAUCCAUACGUCUGGAUUUCUGGGAAGAUUCAUUAGUAGAGUUCAUGCGGAAGUGGGGAAAUUCUGCAGCCAAAGCCAUUUAUGAAAAGUGCGUUCCUGCCUUUUUCUACCAGCCGCAACAGAAAGACUGCAUUGUUCUUAAGGAUCAAUGGAUCCGUGCGAAGUAUGAAAGAAGAGAGUUCACAGGAGAAAACAAUUUUCAGCAAGCUUAUUGCUCAGACCAGUUUGAGUCCACACUAUGGAAGAAGGGGAAAGACAACAAGCAGUAUUUAAAGAGGAUCUUCCUCUUGUCCCGGAAAGACUUCACCCUCAAAUACUUUAUUAAAGAGGAUUCCAAGCUUCCCAAAGCUGUCAUCUCCAUGAAGGACCUGAAUGCAGUUUUCCAGCCAGAGAAGAUCAGUCACGCUCACGGUCUGCAGAUCUCUUACAUACAUGACAAACGCACAAGGAAUCUGUUUGUUUAUCAUGAGAAAGGACAGGUAAUUGUAUCCUUGUUGAAUGCUAUUCGAGCAACACGCUUGGCAUACCUCCAGAAGAAACAUCCCACUCUUCGAGAUAAUGACUUAAUAUCUCAGCUAACGGUAAAUUACCUGAAGGAGGGAUACAUGGAGAAAACUGGCCCAACGCAUCGGGAGCCAUUCAAGAAGAGGUGGUUCACACUGUGCUCGAUGAACAGAAAACUUCUGUAUUUUAAAAGUCCACUGGAUGCUACAGAGCAAGGUGCUGUCUUCAUUGGCACAGAGAGCCACAGCUACUCUGCUUCAGAGAGCAGCAAGCGGAGCUUGAGGGGAAACCGAUGGCACUGUGGCAUCACGCUGGAAACUCCGGAAAGGCAGUUUUUGUUUAUGUGUGAGCAGGAGCAGGAGCAGAAGGAGUGGCUGGAGGCCUUCAGAAAGGUCAUCUCUCAACCCAUGACCCCAGAGGACUACGCUAAUGAAGCCAGCAUGAGAAGGGGAAAGUGACGGGAGGAGAUUGACCUGUUGGUUUGCAAAAGUUCAGGAUGCAGUAAGAAUUGUUUUGGGACAUAAAAGACUCAGAGCCUCUUCUUCCAAAAGAUGCUCUUGAAGCUGUCAGAGGAUAGAUAAACACGGUGACAAACUCUUUUUUACUGGCAGAACUGCUCGACACCACAGACAAAUGAUCAACUCCAACACUUAGCAAGGACUAAAGUGUCUCUGUGAUUACACCUUGCCACCUUGGAGAAGUUGUUGUCACAGCUGGGUUGUUGCUGCACAUCAGAAGCUUCUAUUUAUUGCAUUGUCUUUGCCACUAUGACAUUGCAUCAGAGAGCUAUUUGCAAUACAUUCUGAUUACACUGGAACCAUAUUGGAACGCACAUUGUAUUUAUUAAAAUAAAUGAAGAAUAAGAGAAUAACAUAUGUGCAAUUUGCAGUUGCUUUGUACUUAUUUUGUUUCACUCAAUUUGCCCAUUUUGAAAGAAUUAGG